AUGUCCCUGUGCUCUUCUUCAGUUCCUGUCUUCGGUUCUUCGCUUAACUUGAAUCAAGCUAUCGAAAUCGCCCGACUCCGUCAACAAUUGGCUAAUGUGUCCCGACAAAAUGAGGAACUGCAGGAAGAAAUCGUCAAGCUCUAUUUUAUUCAAAAAGUGCUCGAGACAAAGAAGAAUUUUUAUAUUGGAUGUAGUCAGACAGCGCAUAGAUUUCUGGCAGAUGAGAGAAAGACAGUGGAGGAGUUAAGAGAGAAAUGUGUUUGUGGAAAAAUCGAGAAGAAAGUUGAAGAGGUCAAGAAGGUCAAAGAGGAAGUUUUCGAAGACGAAGAGUGUGUUCCUGAUAUGCAAAAAUAUGUUGCUGUGAAGACUGUAAAGAAGGAAAUCCUUGAUGGUAUGUUUUCAGAAUGCUUUCAGAAUUUUCAGCAUUUUUUUCAGAUUUUCCCUUGGAAUCUACUCAUCGCCCAGCUCCUCGUUGUCUAA